AUGGCAAUUGCUCUCCAAAUAAUCAUCAUGAUGAUUAUCACGUGCUUUCUGAUUCACUCCGCAUACACCAUCGGUCGUGCUCUCAUCCCACCCAUGGUGACCCGACUUCGACGCAUCCGCAGCCGCCGCUAUUACUUCAACAAGGAUAUAGCCCGUUCGCUAGACCGCUCGAUGGAGGAACGAUUUGGAAUCGCCCGCGUAAUUUCUGAUUCUGUGCCGGCACCGGAGCCGAUCUGGAUCAAUUACAAAUGA